AUUGACACAUCCUUGCUAUCAGAAUGCCGCCUAAGAGAGGACGCCCUGUGAGAAACAAUAACAAUCGCAGAAACCAUAACGUUGUACCAGAAGAACCACAAGAUGCUCAAGGACAUAACCCACCCCCUCCGCCCCCAACUAGGAGAGUCGAAGAACUCUUUUUAAGGCAGAACCCACCUACGUUUGACGGAACGAGUGAACCGGCUGAAGCUGAGAUUUGGGUGCGUGCCAUGGAACGCAUCUUCAACUUUCUACGUUGUACUGAUGAGGAGCGCCUAUCUUGCGUCUCGUUCCAGCUAACAGGAUCAGCGGAUUUCUGGUGGGAAGCACGUCGAAAAAUUCUGACACCAGAACAAUGGGCAAUUUACACUUGGGAAGAUUUUAAGACAGGAUUAUAUGAUAAAUAUAUUCCGAAAAGCUAUAGGAAGAAGAAAGAAGCUGAGUUCUACGAGUUAAAGCAAGGAAAGAAAUCUGUGGUUGAAUACGACAAGGAAUUCUGCAACCUGUCUAGGUUUGCUCCGCAACAAGUGGACACAGAUGAGAAGAUGGCAGAGAAAUUUUGUGCCGGUCUGCGACACGAAAUUAGGAUGACUCUAGCGAGCCACGGAGGACUCUCAUACACGGAGUCUCUGAACAGGGCACUUGACAUUGAAGCUGCGAUGCCGUCGGACAAGUCCGCCCCACCGUUUAUCUCGACGCCAAACGACUUACCGGCAGCCUCACAUACGCUCAAAGGGAAACGCAAGUGGGACAACAAUGAAGACAAUAUCAAUCAGACUAAUAAGACAAUGUCGCAAGAAAAUGAACGGGCUGAACAGUAUGUUCAACAAAGGCACGAGGCACAGACUAAUCUCGAGCCAACUGGAGGUAACCAAGGUCAGAAAGGAAUUUCACCUUGCCCAAAUUGCGGUAAGAUGCAUAGGGGUAUCUGUCGGGCUGGAACUAACGGUUGUUACAAUUGUGGCCAAAAAGGUCACUACUCCACGCAAUGCCCCAACAGACAACGAGGUUCAGCAAUUGGGAACACCCACACCCCCUUGCCAGCAAUACGUGGACACUUGCGAAAUCAGUCUCAAUCACAUUAGUGAAAGUCUUAUGGAGACAUCACGGACAAGAAGAAGCCAUGUGGGAACUAGAAGACAAGAUGAAGGAGAAAUACCUCGAACUGUUUUAGCAGAGAUAUGCAAAUUUCGGGACGAAAUUUUUGUUAAGAGGGGUAGUAUGUAGUGACCCGCUCUUUUAUAUAUUUUAAAUCCAGUAUUUCGUGUUUAUUAUUUUUCAUCAGUGAAUGGAACCGGUUAUUAUCCGGAUAUGAAUUCAGCUUAUGAUCCUGAAUUUAUAUUAUUGAAGCAGUCAGUGAUGUUUUUCAAAAGUUAUAACUGACUUAGCGAAGUCAUGUUAUUUAUUGAGCGAGAUGAGACUAUCGAUUCUAUUAUUUAUAAUUACUUAAGUCGUGGAUUAUUUCCGACUCGUGAGUUAAUUAAAUCUACGGAGUUAAUUUAGAUUCAUUUUACAACCUGUCAAUUCUAGCAAGGUGGGAAAUCAUAUGUCGAAAAACGGGAUUUAUUUAAAUAGAUGGACAGUAUCAAAGCAGAUACGAGCACGCGAUUCAUAUUACAAUUGCAAAAGCACCGAGAUAUACGAAUAUAUCUCAUUUAUUCACCACAAUCAACCUCCAUUUCUAUCUUCUAAAUUACACCAACACCAAGUACCAAAAGAAAAGAAUAGAAUAAGAAAAGGAAAAAGAAAAAUGGGCUGCAAGCCGCCUACUUUACAACCUAUCACCUUUUACAAUUUACCUGCUACUUUAUCAAAAGGAGGAAAAGAGAAAAGGAGGAAAGAAAAAAAUGAAACGUGUGUGUGUGCACAAAGAAGUAGCUGCCACAUCACCCUUUCCUUUCCUUCCCCUCCAACAGUUGGAUCAACUAUGCCAAGGUACCACCUAUAGAGAGUUUUUCAGCCACCCUACGACAGCACCAUCCCCUCAGCCAACCACCAUCUCCAAUCCUUUAACUUUACAGCCAACAACUCACUUAUUAAAGCACCAGCCUAACACUUCAUUCCUUCUCUCAUACACCAACCACCAGAAAGGGAGAUGAAGAGAAGUUAAUUCCUGCUGCCAACUGCCAAGUAUCGAGAGUUCCUUCCCCAUCGAAUUCUAUAGCAACAAGCAGCCAAAAACCAAACAUUCACAAGGUCAAGCGCGAGAGUAAGAACUACACAAGGAGUUAGAGUACCUUAGCAAAACUUUGCUAUCAGGUUGAGCUGUGAUGGGCGAUGAAGUGUUGUUGCUGAGUGGAGUUUUUGUCGAACUUAAAGUAGGCUCAGAAAGGGUACAUGUCUUCAUACAUGUAUCUCAGUUAUGCAUUCCGCUGUAAACACUGAUUAUUUCAGUUACGCCUUCCGUUGCAAACUCUGAUAAUAUUUUAGCCAAGCCCCUAACGAUGCCUUUUUCUUUUUAAGGAAUAUAACGCGUA